CCUCCCCUUAUUCUGCACCACUCCUUGGUCUGAACUGGUUUUGAUCAUGUGUGUCGUCCCAGUGAUUGAGAAGUGAACAGGAGUUUUUUUAACCCAUAGAUCCUGAUGAAAUGUGGGAUGAUUCAUUAAGUGGGAAGCAACCGAGGAGGAGGAGUGAGGAGGAGGAGUGAGGCUUGACUAGGUUAGUGUUGCAACAUGACUAGGGGGGUGAAUUCUGAAUCAGCGUGGAUUUAAGGUUAAGCAAUAUUCAGACCUCCAGUUCCAUUAGCAAGCUGUGAUUGUGAUAUGAAGAUGCAGAAGUCUGUCUCUGUCGUUCCUCUGCUGUUGCUCCUCUGUCUGUCUGGGGUAGGGGUCACCAAAGGUCAAGGUGUAGAGGUCACUAAAGCUGUAGAUUUCAAGACAGAAUUCGAGGUCAAAACACCAGCAGACAGAAAAACAGAUGGACAGACAGACUCUGAGCCGGACCUCUGGGCUGAGCUGAGAGCGCUGAGAGACAUGGGGGUGGCACAGAGAGUGGAAAAGAGAGAGGCUGUCAUGCAAAGUCAACUGGAGGACGUGAAGACACAGAAAUCAGAUCUCCAGGCUCAACGUGUCCGUCCAACAGCUGAACUCUCAGUCAGACUGGUGGAUGGGACCACUUCCUGUUCUGGGACAGUGGAAGUCUUCUCCAGAGGAGAGUGGUCAGGUCUAUGUACUGGGUGGAGCAUGAGAGAUACUAAGGUUGUGUGUAGACAGCUGGACUGUGGGAAUGUUGUAGCUGAAUCUGGAGGACCUCUGGUUGAAGAUGGAAGAAGAGGAGUCAGACUGAUUUGUAAGGGACAUGAGUCUUCUAUUAGACAGUGUGGCAUCAGAGGAGGAGGACCUGGUGUCUGUGUUGGUAGAUAUUAUCAUCAUGUGAUCUGUUCAGAGUCUGUGCGGCUUGUGGAUGGAGCUGGUCUCUGCUCUGGGAGAGUGGAGGUGAAGUCCAAUCAGUCCUGGGCCUCAGUGUGUGAAGCUGACUUUGACCGGCAGGAUGCAGAGGUAGUCUGUGGGGAGCUUGGCUGUGGGGCUCCUGCAGCUCUACAGGGGGGGCUCUAUGGAGGAGGUGAGGGUCAGACCUGGGAUAAAGAGUUCCAGUGUAAAGGCAAAGAGUCCCUUCUCCUGGACUGUGACACCUCAGACAGAAAACACAACACCUGCCUACCUGGUAAUGCUGUUGGACUCACCUGCUCAGAGCCUGAUGAUGUAAGGCUGGUGGGAGGAGGCAGUCGCUGUGCUGGUGGAGUGGAGUGGUACGACCAGGGAGAGUGGAGGACUGUGGGAACUGCUGACAGGGACUGGAACCAGGAGAAUGUAGCUGCAGUAGUGUGUAGACAGCUGGGUUGUGACUCCACUGUUUCAGUAAUACCUGGAAACACCACUAGAGGGUUUAGAGUUCACUGUUCUGGGUCUGAGUCUUCACUGAGGGAGUGUUCCAGAAUGUUUUAUCCCCGUCCUGGACUCACAGUGAUCUGCUCAGAUCUCCAGGCUCAACGCGUCCGUCCACCAGCUGAACUCUCAGUCAGACUGGUGAAUGGAACCACUUCCUGUUCUGGGACAGUGGAAGUCUUCUACAGAGGAGAGUGGUCAGGUCUAUGUACUGGGUGGUGGAGCAUGAUGAUAGAGACUAAGGUUAUGUGCAGAGAGCUGGACUGUGGGAAUCCUGUAUCUGAAUCUCAACCUCUGUUUGAAGAGGGAAGAGGAGGAGUCAGACUAUAUAGUAGAUGCAGUGGAAAUGAGUCUUCUAUUAGACAGUGUGACAGAAUAAGAAGACCUGGUGUCUGUUAUGGUGGAUAUUAUCAUCAUGUGAUCUGUUCAGAGUCUGUGCGGCUUGUGGAUGGAGCUGGUCUCUGCUCUGGGAGAGUGGAGGUGAAGUCCAAUCAGUCCUGGGCCUCAGUCUGUGAAGCUGACUUUGACCGGCAGGAUGCAGAGGUAGUCUGUAGGGAUGUUGGCUGUGGGGCUCCUGCAGCUCUACAGGGGGGGCUCUAUGGAGGAGGUGAGGGUCAGACCUGGGAUAAAGAGUUCCAGUGUAAAGGCAAAGAGUCCCUUCUCCUGGACUGUGACACCUCAGACAGAGAAAACAACACCUGCCUACCUGGUAAUGCUGUUGGACUCACCUGCUCAGAUCUCCUGGUCCAGCCUGAUAUCUCCCUGACUGACUCAAUGGGAGGGGUCUCCAGGGGCCACCAGGGGCCCGAGGUGUUCAGGGGCUACAGCUUCACCAUCACCUGUUCCACUCAGCCACAGUACCCAGGAGGCUCCUUCCUGCUCACGUUCACCGGCUCCAACAGAACCCAGACCCAGCCAGCUGUCAAUCACUCUGCUGCCUUCCUCUUCCCUGCUGCAGAUGACUCCCACCAAGGGAACUACAGCUCCUCUCCUCUGCCAGCCUUCAUCAUCAGACACGUUGUAGUGCUGCUGCUCCUACUGACAGCCAUCACCACCUCCUACCUGUACUACAAGCCCACCAGGAGGCAGAAGAGAGUGAACAGGGUGAGCAGCAUGGAUCUUUAUGUCAAUGCCAUGGAGACGGUCUCUCUGAGCUCCAGAGCUGAAGCUGGACCGGGAGGAGAGAGCAGCCCAGGGGACGGAGUAGGAGUAGAAUGA